AUGGUUGUUGUCGCUGCUACCACCUCAACCACAGAGAAGGAACCAGUAUUCUCUGAAAUUGAGAUCUCUGCUUUGGGAAUCCCAGCCGGAGCAAGAGCGGUUUCUUCAUCAUCGGCACCUCAAGCACCACAAUCCAGUGUUUCUUUAAUUCAAGCCAAUUCAACCGUCACUUAUUUAUAUAAUGGACAGAAAGUUUUGGCUAAAAACAUUCCAGCUUACUCUUGGCAUUACUAUUACAUUUAUGUGCCAUCCCACAUGAAGCUAAAGAUCUCGUACUACAAAUCAGGCACUUCCAAUAGGGUAGAAAUUUACACGAGAGAAACCUAUUCUCCCACUCAAAACAUCUAUGAUCAGUUUGCCUAUUUCAGCACCUAUUCGAGUGAUCUCAUCAAGCCAAGCAAGAGUUAUGGAACCUAUGUUUAUAUUGGAGUGAGAAAUGCUGACACCUAUUAUGCCAAUGUUUAUUCCAUGACUGUUAGUUUGGAAGCUUCUCAAGAUCCAUGCACGAUUUGUCCAUCUCCAACUCCGUCUGUUUAUUAUCGUGACAAUUCCGAUUCCAUGAUUCCGAUUUUCGUCUUGUUCCCAAUUGUUUCCCUCAUUUUGAUCAUCACUGUCAUUGUUCAAGCAAGAAGAAUUAACAGAUUGACUCAAAGAGUGAUUGCUUUGGAGAGAAGUGUGAAUCCUCAAGAAUUGCAAAUGAUUCCACUCGCAAGUUCAAACAUGGAUGCUGUUCCACUUGUUUCUGCCAACUCUCUCGAGCAGCAACAUGGCAGCACACAACAUGAAGAGCAACAUCAUGAGGCACAACAACCACAACAAACUACUCCAACUGCUCACAUGAAUUAUCCACAACCAGUAUUUUAUCCUGUCGCGAUGCCAAACACCACCACUACAACAUUCAUUCCACAUCAACCUUUUGUGAUGCCACCUCAAGUUGGAAACAUGCCUUACCCAGUCAGAAUUUAUACCAUGCCACCUCCACAAUUCCAACAACAGCCUCCACUACAUCCACAACAAUCCCAAUCACAAUCAACACAACCCAUGAAUGAAGAUACCAAGCAAUAA